CCUCCUACCGAGCUCCCAGAGAACAUACUAUCAAGAGAGCAUCAAUCAAAGUCAGCAACAAAUCCAUCUCCAUGGGAGCGGGCAUGGUGUCGCUGGCGCUGUCCCUCAGCACGGACUCCUCGGCGUCCACCACGACGUCGGACAACUCCUCCACCGGUGCGCCGGCGACGACGGCGGCAAGGAAUAAGGUGCGGCGUGGGAGAGUGGUGGCGACGUCGGGGGAGGGAGAGUUCGUGUGCAGGACGUGCGGCCGCGCCUUCGAGACGUUCCAGGCGCUGGGCGGGCACCGGACCAGCCACCUCCGCGGCCGCCAUGGGCUGGAGCUCGGCGUCGGCGUCGCCAGGGCCAUCAAGGAGAGGAAGCGGCAAGAGGACAUGGAGCAGCACGAUUGCCACAUCUGCGGGCUGGGCUUCGAGACGGGCCAGGCGCUCGGCGGCCACAUGCGGCGGCACCGCGAGGAGAUGGCGCUCGACCGGUGGGUCGCGCUGUCGGAUCAGGAGGCAGGGCACCAGGCCGCCGCGGCCGACCGGCUUCCCGUCUUGCUCGAGCUGUUCGUCUAGCCUGCUGCUAGCUGGACCUCAAUGCUUGUUAAUUCAGGCCUGCUCGAGCUGUUCGUAUAGUCUGCUAGCCUUCUUAGUCCAGGACUUGUGUAUAAAUUUCUUCAGAAUCAUAUAGGUUCAUUGUUCCACCUUGUAUAGAGUAUGUUCUUGCUGGUUGCUGGUUAGAGAAUGUUUUUGCAGGUUAGCUGGAUCUUUGCUUUGGAUCUGUCAUUUUUUUUAACUGAUGGACUGGAGUGGAGAUUUUUUUUUUCUUUUUUUUUGCGAUAGAAAGAGAGUUUUAUUCCAUAAUUAUAGGGUUACAAUCAAGAGGCACCAACUCCUCAAUACAAGGUAGGCUCCUCCCCAGCCAUACGGCAGUAGUAGACUCCGUACGACUGUACAAUGCCAACCGAUGUGCUACCCUAUUUUGCUCACGCUUUA